UCUGUUUUCAGGUCGAAUCUGGAAAAUAUGAUUUUCUUGAAGACAGAAAUGGUCAAGUUAUUCUUUUCAUCACGAGAAUGGGAGAUGAUGAUAUUGGAACAUAUACUUGCAAAGCAGAAAAUGAACACGGAGAAGCACAAAGAAAAAUACAACUCAUGAUCGCAGAAUGCGAAAAUGAAUAUCAUCUUCUUACAUAUCAACGACCACACAUUGUAAAACCCAGUGAUCGACCGUUUGAAGAUUUCUAUGAUAUCGGAGACGAACUUGGACGGGGAACUCAAGGAAUAACCUAUCACGUUGUCGAACGUAAGAGUGGAAAAAGUUUGGCUGCUAAAGUAAUGCACGGAACAGGAAAACUGAUGGACUUCAUGACGGCUGAAAUGGACAUUAUGAGCCAGCUAAACCAUCCAAGAUUGGUCCGACUAUGGAACGCUCACGAAACGAAGUCCUCCUUAACUUUGGCCCUUGACAUAUGUGGUGGUGGUGAACUUUUACCAAGUAUUAUCCAUCACGGGAAUCUUACAGAGAGUAUUGUGGCUCAUUACAUCAAACAAAUACUCGAAGGACUAAAACACAUGCAUGAGAAAGACAUUGCUCACUUAGGAUUAAAUGUAAGUAAGAACAGAACUUUUAAAAUAGGUCACUGAUAGACCAAACUUUUA